AUGCGGAGCGUCCGCGUGUCGGUCGCGCAGCGCGUCUCGGGGGAGCGGCCGCCCGUGCAGGCGCCUGUGCAGCCCAGAGUGGACGUGCUCGGCCACGCGCGGCCCGCGCCUGCGAGCGACCGCUCACGGCCGCAGCGCGACCUCAACGAUCUCGCACGCGCCAUCAUCGCGUCGACGGGCCCGCACGAGAAGCCGCUGGGCGGGGACGCUGAGGCGUUUCAGCAGACGGCACAAAAGCUCCUCGACAAGGGGCGGGGCGGCACCGUCGUGACCGCAAUGGAGGCCGCGGAGGCCUUCGUGAUCGCCAUGUCGAAGACAACGCAGGUCAGCCUCGCCACGCGCGUCAUCGAGUCGCUCCGUGCGCCCCCGCACGCGGACGACCUGCGCGAGGGCGCAGGCGGCCACGCGACGCCGCGGAUGGUCGCGGCGCUGGUGACGGCGUACGCCAAGCUCGGCCAGCCGGACGCCGCCACAUCUGCCUUCUGGAGCGCGGUGCGCGUCAUGAACACCCCCCUCGGUCAGGGAGACCCCUCCCCUGCCAACGCGCUCCUGAACGCGCACUACCAGGACCCGAACCGGGCGUUCACGCUGUACCGCGGGCUGUUCGGCGCGGACAAGCCCGGGCUGUACAGUCCCGACCAGGUGACGUUCAACACGCUCCUGAAGUCGUGCAUGCACGCGGGCGACGCCGCGCGCGCCCAGGACGUCGAUCGCGAAAUGACCGCCGCGGGGCUCCGCGGCGACGAAACGACCUACGUGCAGCUCAUCAAGACCUACGCGCGCGCAGGGCUCCCCGAGGCCGCGUUGAGCGUGCGCGCCCUCGCGGCGCAGCGCGGCUUCGGCAUGACCCUCGGCAUGUGGUCCGCGGUCAUCCAGGCGUGCGGCAGCACGGGGCAGGUGGACCGGGCGUUCUCGGUGUGGCGCGAGAUGGAGGCGUUCGGCGUCAAGCCGCGGCUCCUGCAGUACCACGCGCUGAUCACGGCGUGCGCGAGCUGCCGGCAGCCGGCGCACGCGCUCAUGGUCCUGCAGAUGAUGCAGGCGGCCAACGUGCGCCGGACGAGCGUGACGUACAACUUGGCGCUGCAGAGCUGCCGGCCGGGGCAGCAGCGCACGGACGUGCCUGUCGAGGCGCUCGUGCGCGCCGCGGAGGAGAUCGCCGCGCAGAUGCGGCGGGACGAGUUCGCGCGGCCGAACCUGCGCACGCUGACGACGAUGGUGUCGAUCUACGGGGAGGCGCGGAUGCCGGAGCGGGCGAUGGAGGCGUGGAAGGAGCUGCGGACGAUGAGCUGGAGCGCGCUGGACACCCCGGCGUUCCACGCGGCGAUCGCGGCAUGUCGCGGCGCGCCUGCGCUGGCCCGGAAAGCCUACAGGACGUACAAGGAGGCGCGCGGGCACCGGAAUUUCCGGCCGAAGGAGAACCGGUCGCUGUUCUUGACGGCGAUCCAGGUGUUGCGCGAGGGCGGGCUGCUCGACGAAGCGCUGGACGUGUACAGGGACAUGCGCGCCCACGGACACCCCCCCAGCAACGCGGUGUUCCGCGAGCUGCUGUCGCAGUGCGCGGAGCAGAUUCUGGAGGGCAGCAUCGCCGGGAACGGGGCCGGCGCGGCGGGGUCGUUCCUGGACAGCGUGGAGCGCGUGGAGGGGGGGAGUAAUGGCAACAGGCCCCCCGCGCCUGCAGCCCACGCUGACGAGAAGGCGUGCACGCUGCAGGGCGGGUGCGCGGUGGACGUCGGGGCGAACCCGGCUGCGGAGAUCGACCUGCACGGCCUCUCGAUCGUGGAGGCGCGGGCGGCGGUGCUGUGCGUGCUCAAGGCCGUGCAGCGGCGGCACCGGUCGGGGGAGGCGCCGGUGCCGCCGCCGCUCAUCAUCAUCACGGGCGCGGGGCGGCACUCCGCGAAGUCGAAGCCGGGGAAGCGGAUGUCGGUGAUGCGCGAUAGCAUCCACGGCAUGCUGACGACAGAGCUGGGGCUGCAGGUGUCCACGGGGGGCGGGUCGGGCCGCGCGAACAACCCCGGCCGGCUGCUGAUCGACAGCCGGGACCUCAAGGUGUGGCUCGAGCGCACGAGCGCGGCCAGCGCGGCCCUGACGGACCCCGUGCAGAGCGAUGAGAUGUAG